AAGGCGCUGCUGGUUCAGAGUUUGUGCCAGGCAAGGCGUGCUUCAACGGGUCUCAGCUUUCGCACGGCGUUCUACACGGCCACCGACGUGUUCUCGUCUGAGGUCCCACGCAUCGACAAGAUCAGAGCGCCAGGAGAGUAGCUCCAGAGGUUCGCCGCGCCCGCCGCCCUCGGCGUGCCGCAGGGCCGUGGCUGGGCAGGCAGCCCGGGCGCCGCCGAGGGAGAGGGGCCUCUUUUUGCGGGUGCGGGCCACGCGCAGGCGCGGAGUCGCCAGCCGCGUCUUCGGCGAGGCGUACCCCGACGCCGAGCUGACGGCAUACGUUUGA